UGGAUGCCGUGUAUCGAUGUUGUGAGAAGUUCUUAAAAAUAAAGUAAUGAUUGUGAAGUGAUUGAAAAUGAAAGGUUACAUUUGAGGGACCAUUUUGUGACUGAUACGAAUUACAAGUGCCCACCACCACUCCAGUGCCUUGGCCACAAACCCUGCCAUGUCUGCAGCAAUGAGUGGGAGUGACUCCGCCAUUCGAGAGGGAUUCCUCUGUCCAAUCUGCUUUAAGGAUCUCAACUCUGUCUAUCAACUGCAGACACAUUUUGAAGAAAAUCACAGUCAUGAAGACAAGGCUGUUUUACAACAGCUAAAAGGAUUUUUUGGUAAAGCCAAGAAGCUGUUGAGUAAACAGGAAGAGCAGUCUGGGGAGGUUGUGGAUGAUAUCAUUGAUGUGACUGACGAGAGGCCCGUUGGGCCAAUUACAACCUCAGCCUGUGUUGGAGGAUUUGAUGUGUCGUCUUGGCCCCCUCAAGAAUUGGGGGCUGUGUGCGAGCAUUACGACUACUUCAGGGGUCAACGUGGCACAAGGAUAGACCGUAGCACUGUUGAAACCAACAAGCUACUGAUCCGUUUGGAGAAACUAGUGAAGUUUAACGUUGAAUGCAGCGAGCCAUCCAAACGUAAAGGUAAACGAGCCCGAAAAGCCUUUGAAAAGACGGUUGUGCCAUGGAAGGAUGAUUCCUCCACAAAGUUUUGCCCAUUUUGCUUGGAGCGUUUUGGGCUGUCACUUAGACGCCAUCACUGCCGCCUCUGUGGUAACAUCGCAUGCCUGAAAUGCUCCGACUUUGUGCCGGACACUGUGUGCGAAAGUGUAUUGAAGUCGGAGGAGGAGUUGUUGAAAGAACAUCGACAAAAACAAGCGCGGAAAAGCGACGGUGUAGAGGCUGGGGGAGCACAAGCUAUGAGUGGCACGCUGAGGAUUUGCAAAAAUUGUGACGGCCUGCUGGUCAUCAAACUGCAGAAGUUGAAACAAAAGGCGAUCAAGCCAGCUUCACUACUACUUUAUGAGAGGUUAACCGAGGUCAAAAACCAUUUACUGGCUCAGCUAUCGGUCCACAACCCACGGGUGGAGUUUUUAAUGUCCGGAAGUUCCAGCCACAGUCGAAACUUUCUGGAAGGUGAACGAACUAAAAUACUGAAAAACUUUGAUCUGAUCGACACGAUCAGCAAAAGGAUCCUGGCUCUCAGUGCGUCCACAUCGAGUCCUUCUCAUCAAAGGCUGUACCACAAAAUCAGGACUCAUUGUACCCUUUUCAUACAAGCCAACAUGCAGACUAUGGUUGCCCUUCCAACGAGCGAAGAGCUGCAAAGGCUUGAGGGGGAGCGUAGGGUUGCAAUCGCCCGUCGAAUCCAGGAGGAGAAGGCAGCAGAGCUGGAAGCUCAGCGGCAAGAACGAAUCCAACAUGAAAAACAGGAGCAAAGGACCCUGGAGAGGAUGAAAAAGGGCCACACCCGGAUACCCAGCUGGCCGUUAAACUUAAAUAAAAGUAAGCAGGAGACCUCGCCAACCAAACGCUCAGAAGCCGGUGCCAAGACACUGGAAGGGGGGUGGAAACCGUCAGUAGUGAGCGAAGCAGAGCUUAUGGCAUCGUCUGACAAUCCGAUGAUACAACAGAUGAACAUUAUCAAGAAUUACAUCAAGCAAGCUAAAGAAAUGCAGCGGACAGACGAAGUUAAAAUGCUACAGGACAAUUUGAGAGAACUAGAAAUGGAGUAUGGACGCCAGGCUAGGUUUUAAAGCCAGGAGGAUGGAGGAUUUUAACUUUCUAAUAAUAUUUUUCUUCUAUUUUUGGGGUGUGGGGGGGGGGUAAUGGUUUAUGAAUGAGGGUUGCAAAAUAGGCCAAAAGGUUUUUGGCUACACAAUUUUAAGGGGACUAUAUACAUAAGCUCCAAUGAUCAAGAGCUGAAAUGAUGUAUUUAUGGGACCUUGGAGGAACCCCUCCAUGGUGGGACAGGCUAGGCUAUUAAUGCUUUAGGCUUGAAGUAGUGUGUGUGGGCAACAGAUCUGGUGAUUCUGUUUGUUUUUGGCAUCUUAAUUGCCUAGAGCAGGAUUUGAACCCGGUCCUAUGGAAAAGUGUGUGAGCGCUCAACCACUGAGCUCAGUUUUCCUGAAUUUUGUUUUCUUUAUAUUUGAAAUAAAUAAAUAAAUAAAUAAAUAAGCUAAUCCCUACGGCUGUAUUAUAAACUUGGCAGUGAGAUCUGGCUCUCUGGCAGUAACAGGUUGAAUGGCUACUGCCUGUCACUCCUGAACAAAUAUAUUAACACAGGGAAGGGAGACCGGCAACAUUGGGGCUAGGUAGUUCAGUUGGUUAAAGACAGUGGACACUAUUGGUAAAUUUCAAAGACCAGUCUCCUCACUUGGUGUAUCUCGACAUAUACAUAA